AUGAAAACUGGAAAUUCAAAUUAACUAUUUACCUAGGUUCCAGAUUCGAAUGAGAUAAAUGAAUAUAUCAAAGAAUAUCUGAGAUAUUCAGCAUAUUCCAACACAUUUGAAUGUUUCGAAGCAGAAAUCAAAAGCAAACAAGUAUCCAGUAAAGUAAUUGAAAUUCAUAUAUUAGAUGUCAAAUAAGUAACAAUAAUAAAAAUAAUCCAACGAUGAUAUGCCAAGAAUCUUUCAAUUAUUCAAAACUGACAAUAUCAAAACUAAGAGAGAAAUUAAUUUGGAGAAGGAAUAGAAAUUAUUUAAUAAAAAAUAUCAAUAAAUUUUACAAGCAGGAAGACAGAUCUUCUCAGUCAGCAUUAAUCUCUUAUAGUUGUUACACUCGUUAAAGGAAACCGCCAAAAAUGAAUCACUUAGUGAAACCUUAGAGAAUUAUAAGAUUUAAUUAGGAAAAUAUCAUAAAGUCAUCAUCAAUGAAGGGAAACCAGAAGGAACAGAACUUAUUACAGAAUAAGUCAUGCAUGAACACAAAACUAAACUUUUUAAAAAUUACUAAGAUAAAAAUGUAGAUGGCAUGAUAGAAGUAUUAUUAUCUUUGAGAGUUAAUGCACUUCAAAUAGCCCCAGAAUUAAGAAAAAACUUAGUUUAUGAAUUGAUUAGAAACGAUGUUUUUAACAUUGAGGCUACUGAGAAGUUUGACUUUGUAGUCCAUUUAUUGGACAUUAAUAAUCAAAGUUUGAGACAUGCUAUCACUAGUUUGAUAAGUGUAAUUAGUAGCACUUUAAGAGGAGUUGAGUAUUUGACAUUUAAUGGUAAUAUGAUUAUAAUAGAAAAAAUUAUAAAAAUCUUAAAAGAAUAGGAGAAUGGGUCUGUAACCCAAAGAUUCUGUUUAGCUAUUUUAUAAAAAGCCAGUAUCAAAGAAACAGUAAUUCCUACAUAUGUUCACAAUGAGAUGAUUCAAUGGAUUAUAUCACUAAUAUAGAAAUCAAUAAACACAAAAAUCCAUAUUUUUUGUUUAGAUUUUGCUUCUGCAACUUUGGCAAAUGUAAUUCACACUCCAUACACAUUAUAAUAUUUAGAAAAACAGACUAGAUUCACUCAUUAAGUAUUAAUCAUUUAUUAUAUUAGAUUAUGGAGUAAUUGCUGAAAUUUAUCAAAGAAUAGAUCUAAGUUAGUGUUAUGAUGCAUAUUCUAAUAUGUUUAUCAUAUUUAAGUAAGGAGAACUUUGCUAAAUAGAUGGAAGAGUGCAGAUUUGUAGAGAGAAUUAGCGAAUUUGUUGAAUAUUACAGUGUAAUAAAUACAGGUAUUAGAAAUUCAAUUUAAUUUAGAAAAUGAGGCUGCAGAAAUAGAUAAAAAAACAGUUCUUGAUCUAUGUGCUCAUAUGUUCCAUCCAAAGGAUACUUCAUUGGAUAAUUCAGAAACUUUGGAGUUGAACGAAUUGAAAACUGAGGAUAGAAUUAGAGAAUAUGAGAAUGAGUAAGGUGAGCUAAUAUUCGAAUGCUUUUAAGAUGAAGUAAGUUGA